GAGUUCCAGAGUUCGUGCUAUAAGUUCACCCGAAAUCCCGUCAAGAAUGUGAUCCAAGCGGAGGACACAUGCCUUCUAUACAACUCACACCUAAUUAGUGUCAACACAUUGGAUGAGCACUUGUUUGUGACCCAAUGGCUCCGCAAUAACGACCCCUUGCAUAGGAAAUGGCACACUUCGGGACGCGAUGACGGCAAUAAUGUGUGGAAAUGGUCGGCCGAUCGCACGGACUUCACCAUGAUUAACGACUUGUGGCUACCGUUUAAUGAGAAUAGUGUUACUCGGUUUGACUGGACGCUCACCACUGGAAAGCAAGCCGCGUAUAAUUUCUCUCAGACGGCCGCCCGUUGGGGUCUAAUCCGCGUGAAUGAGAACCAGGAGUUGCCAUACAUUUGCGAAAUCAAAAAAGAGGAUUUAGUGAACGCUAUAAUCAGCGAACGAGAGAUCGAUUAUGGCAUAACAGUUGUCGAUAAGCGACAUGUGCCCAGAGGACCGGUAUUUACUCAAGAGCCCAAAAAUGCCGUUUUUGAUCUGAGCGGUCGGAGUCAAUUGAAUUACGUGUCGAUCAGAUGCGUGGCCGACGGCUAUCCGACGUCGAUAUACAAGUGGUAUAAAGAGGAAUACGUGAACAAUCGGCUCACUUCCAGAUACAUUGACCCCCUGUCCGACAACCGGAUCACACAGACAGAUGGGACGCUCACUAUCUAUAACCCGCAACAGACCCAGGAUAGGGGCAAAUAUCACUGUACGGCUGAAAACAAGUUCGGAGUCAUCAUCAGCCAAACCGUUCAGUUGAGCUUCGGAUACAUCGGCGAGUUCACGAAAAAGCGUUCACCAGAUUAUGGCAAAGAGUAUUGGGGGAAAUCCAUAUCAUGUGAUCCCCCCCAACACCACCCGCGAGUCAACUACUACUGGACCCGCAACUCGUUCCCCAACUUCGUGGAGGAGGACCGGCGGGUAUUUGUCUCACACGACGGCAACCUAUACUUCUCAUCGCUCGAGAAAAUAGAUCGGGCUAACUAUUCGUGCAACGUCCAGUCGGUCAUAUCGAGCACAGGGCGCACCGGACCAUUUUUCCCGCUCAUAGUAGACCCGGCCAGUAGCGGCCAAAAGCUACUGUUCCCCAAUAAUUUCCCGAAAGCCUUUCCUGAGGCGCCCUUAGCUGGCGAUGACGUGAGGCUGGAGUGUAUGGCCUACGGAUAUCCCGUUCCCGCGUAUAACUGGAGCCGUUCGGGUGUCAGCAAUAGGCUGCCCGACACUGCCUACACUACUAAUCAUAAUCGGGUGCUUAUACUGCCGAAAGUGCAGGUGGAGGACAUGGGAGACUACAUGUGCACAGUUACCAGUGGUCGGGAUGUCAUACAAAAGAAAGUGAUGCUCAGUAUUCAAUCACUGCCGGUGUUUACCAUAAAGUUAGGCAAUAAAGUGAUAGAAAGAGGUGCCGCCCGUCCCCUCGUGUGGACGUGUGAGGCGUUUGGCAUUCCGGACGUGUAUUAUCAGUGGUAUAAAAACGGCGAAGAACUCAAAGACCGGACUCUAAUGGAUAACUCGCUGUCGCCGGAAGACCGGCAGCGGUAUAUCGUUAACCAAAACAUACUGACCAUCGAUGGCCUCAUACCGGAUAGGGAUGAGGGUAUGUAUCAGUGCCGGGCCAGCAAUCAGUUGGGCAGUGCCUUCACCGGCGGGCAGUUGCGUAUCAUAUCGAUGGCGCCGUCCUUCCGGAAACACCCGUUGGAAAUCGAGACCUAUGCCUCAGAAGGCGGUAAUAUAACAAUUCCGUGCGUUCCCGAAGCCAUACCAUUCCCCGCAUUCGAGUGGCAGAAAGAGGGUAUGUAUUGUGGGAAUCGGGUUAAGGGUUCGCGAAUCGGUGGGGCUGUGGGCAGAAUCCGAGUGCUGCCCAACGGAUUCCUAGCCAUAAAUCCGGUCCAGAUAUCGGACGAAGGGGUUUACACGUGUAUAGCGCGCAACGACCUGGGCUUCGACCGGUCCCAGGGCUACCUCCGGGUGUUCAAUAGCCCGCGUAUUUAUGACGCGCCGGCCGUGUCUUAUGAUCGGCGGGUCAACGAGACACUGGAGAUGCCGUGCAGUGCCUUCACGGACGCCGCCCUCGACGUCGCCUACAUUUGGCGUCACAACGGACUCAGAAUUAAUUUCACGAAAACCCCGCAGUUUUCAGAAGGCUCGUACCCGGGAUUCCUGCGCCUCAAUAACAUAACCCUCUCAGAGGCCGGGGAUUACGUGUGCGAAGUGAAGACAUCUGUGGGUAGAAAUCAGGCGAAAACCGUACUGCAGGUGUCGGGCCCUCCCAGCGCUCCCGGAGCCGUAUUGGCCGAGGAAUUAACGUCGACGUCGGCUAAGAUUCACUGGUCGGACGGGUCGGACAACGGGCGUCGCGUGUGGGCCUAUAUGAUAGAGGGGCGCACUAACCACAACCAGAUGUGGCUGCCUAUAGUCAAUAUAUCCGACUAUCAGCAACAGUAUGUUACCGAAAAACAGACGGGUAGGCGCGUGACACACAUGCGCGACGUACUGUCCCCCUGGAGUUCGUACGAGUUUCGCGUGUCGGCCAUCAAUGACAUCGGAUUGGGUCCGCCCUCUGAUCCCAGCCCUCAGUAUAACACAGACAAGUCAUUCCCAUUCAAAGCCCCAUCGAAUGUGGGCGGAGGCGGUGGUAAAGCGGGUACUCUGACCAUCACAUGGGAUCCAUUGCCACCACAGGACUGGAACGCACCGGAAAUCUGGUACCAAAUCUACUACAGAGCUGAAGAGCUGCGCGAGUCGGACCCAUACAUCGCUAAGAACCUGACAUCCCUGGGCAACACCAACAUGUAUGCCGUACACGUGGGCGAAGACAACUACUUCAAGCGCUACUCCGUUCGAGUGCAGGCCAUGAACUCGAUGGGCGCCGGGAGGGUCAUCAGCGACCCGGUGACCGUCUACUCGGCCGAGUCUAUGCCACACGUGGCGCCCAACCAGGUCUACGCCGUGGCCUACAACUCGACGUCACUGAACAUCUCGUGGGCGCCGCUGGAGAUGACCCGCGAGAAGAUCAGGGGUCGACUCAUCGGCCAUCGCAUCAAGUAUUGGCCCAACAAUAAGGACCAGCAGUUGGACAGCCUUACGCUGUUGAACAGAGGUCUCGACCCCUGGGGCCUCAUUGUGGCCUUAGUGCCCGACACCGAGUACUACAUAUCGGUGAUGGCCUACAACGACGCGGGCAGUGGACCCGAAUCCGAGCCAUUCCUUGCGCGCACUUAUAAGGCGGCGCCACAGCGACAGCCCACGAGUGUCAACAUAACGGCCACCGAUUCGCACUCAGUUAUGGUCACCUGGAGGGGCAUCACUACACUGACCAACGCAGAGGAGCCCAUCAUUGGCUACAAAGUGCGGUACUGGGAGUCCGAUCAGCCAAUCAGUGGCGCCAAAGAGGUGUAUAAGUAUUUAGACGGCGGGGAACUCAUAGCAGUCAUAUCCGACUUAAUUCCCGGCAAAGUCUAUAAGCUUAGGGUUUUGGCGUUCAGUAGCGGUGGCGAUGGAAAAAUGAGUACCCAGUGGGAGUUUAAAGUGGGCGAAGGCGUGCCCUCCCGUCUCACCUCAUCAGCGCUGCAAUCAUUGCCGUCCAUAGGAUUACUGCAUUGGAUGAUCACUGCGUUUACAUUAAUCUCAUUGCUCACUAAUCCACACGUGAAUCUCACAAAUUAAUAUGAAAACUGAACAAAACAAACAAAAAGUAUCACCAAAUUUUAUGCACACAUUUAUACAAAUAAUUUUUUAAACGC